CACCCGUCCAGGGCGUGCUGAAUCCGAACCGAGCGCUCCUCAUUUGAUGGCGGAAGAUUCAGGUGCUGGAGAAUUUGAACACUUCGAAGUUAGAACACUGCUGGUUUUAAUGGGGAGAAUUAACAAUGCCUUCCCUGAGAUGCAGGAAAUCCCCAAAACAGGAUGCUAUUGAACAUGCUUUCAACAGUCUGGACAAGACAGCAGAGUUGGAAGAGAAGUACAUAAACUCUUUUAAAGGUCGUGGGGUAUUUACCAAGGUGCCUUUCAGGAAAGAAGACUUUGUUGUGGAGUACAGAGGAGAAUGAAUAGAUUCUGAUGAAUCCCAACAUAGAGAGAUAUACCAUGGAAGAGCCACUGUUUUUAUGUUUGAGUUCCGUCGGCAAGAAAAAACUUGGUGUGUUGAUGCAACUCAAGAAGAUGGCAGUCUCGGAAGACUGGUUAAUGAUGACCACAAGCAACCCAACUGUAAAAUGAAGAAGAUGGUGACAGAGGGCAAGCCACACCUCUGUCUGUUUGCUCUGAGAGACAUCAAUAUUGGCGAAGACAACACUUAUGACAAUGGACCAGCUAACUGACCUUGGAGAAAACAGGACGGAGUACAAUCGACUCUGACUGAAUCUGCUGAGGUUGAGCUCCCCCAAACCACUGAGCAGCCUCCUCAGGGAUCUACAGACUCAGAAAUGGAGUAUGGAGGGCCAUUGACUGUGAUUGAAUCUUCUGAGGUUGAGAUCUCCAGGACCACUGAGGAGCCUCCUCGGGGAUCUACAGACUCAGAUCUGGAGGUACGCAUCCUGUCUGAUUUUGAGGUGUUGAAGCUGCAGUUUCAUAGACCUGCGCUGAUUAGUCAGGUUGUAUGA